GCUCUUUCUCUUCAUCAAAAUCCUGUACCUUUACAGGAUAUGCAUAUAUUUUCCUGUGACCAAGCUAAAUGGUAUCCAUAAAUUUUCGCCUUUAUUUCAUGAGAUUUACUCAAAAAAUUUCAUUGAAUACAUCACAUUUUCUCACCUGAAUACAAGUCCCCUAUCCCUCCUUCCCUUCCUUCUAAACCCAUCAACAUAAAAACCCCCUCCCACCAACCUUUGCAAGCCUCUCACACCUGAAGCUACGGCUUCUAACGACUCUCCAAAACUUCCCUUUUUCUCUCCAAUUUUCUUCCACUGAUUCCUUAAAGAAAGGAGUUUUAGCGUGUGGAGAUGUGUGGAGGAGCGAUCAUCUCCGACUUCAUACCGACGGAGAGGUCCAGGCGGGUGACCGCCGACCAUCUUUGGCCGGAUCUCAAGAAGGCUGGCGCGCAGAAGAAGAGCGGGGGCAAGCGCCAGCCCGCGGUGGGGAUCGACGACGACUUUGAGGCUGAUUUCCAGGAGUUCAACGACGAGUCGUCGGAAUCCGAGGAGGACGACCAGGCGGAGCUCAUCGACGUCAAGCCCUUCGCCGUCCCACCCAAAACCCCCUUCCCCCGAGAUGGAUCGACCAUGCUGAAGCCUGUAGGGUAUGAUGGGCCCAUAGCUAAGUCAGCUAAUAGAAAGAGAAAGAAUCAGUAUAGGGGAAUCCGUCAGCGUCCCUGGGGUAAGUGGGCAGCUGAAAUCAGAGAUCCUCGUAAGGGAGUUCGUGUUUGGCUUGGAACAUUUAACACUGCUGAAGAAGCUGCAAGGGCCUAUGAUGCAGAAGCCCGUAAGAUCCGUGGCAAGAAAGCGAAGGUGAACUUCCCCAAUGAGGUAAGCCCAAGUGCUCAAAAACACAUCCAGAAAGCAACUGCCCCAAGAGCACCCAAACCAAACCAACCCGAGAAUCUUAAGUUUAGCCAGUCCUUCAGUUACUUGGGCGAACCAGAUCAAGAUUCCUACUCCAUCUUUGAUUUCAUUGAGGAGAAGCAGCCCAUUAAGCAAGCUGAGAACCCGAGUGCCUUCCCUGCAAUAAAACCUGUUGUUCCUACCGGGGGACCUGGGAUGAAUUUAUGCUCCGAUCAGGGAAGUAACUCUUUUGGUUGUUCAGACUUUGGAUGGGAACGUGAGGCUAAGACUCCUGAGAUCACAUCAGUUCUUGCUCCUAUUCCCACCAUCACUGAAGGUGAGGAAUCUGCAUUCCUGGAAGUCGGCGGCCCACAGAAGAAACUGAAGAACAAUGCUGGUGAGGUGGUGCCGCCCACAGAGGAGGAUAUCUCCGAAGAGCUGUCUGUUUUUGAAUCGUACAUGAAGUUUCUGCAGAUGCCUUAUCUUGAUGGGAGCGUGGACGAGUCGAUCAACAGCUUUCUGAACAGCGACCUGACUCAGGUUGUGAGUGAUGUCGACCUUUGGAGUUUCGAUGACCUGCUACCUGUGGAAAACAGCGUUUACUGAGGGAUCUCGGAUUCUGGCAACUGGUGCUCUGUAAAUAAAGAUCGAAGUGAAUCGAUCUUCAUGGAGGAUAUGGUGAAGCAGACACUGUCGGUUGUGCUUGGUUUAUGCUAUUGUCUGUAGGUAUUUAAUCGUUGGUUUUGGCUCUGUUAUCAUGUGAACCGUUCCUGUUUGAGUACUGGACUUGGGUCUUUUAUGUUAAUGUCAUGAUGGAUAAUGUUGAAACCUGUAAGAUUUCUGCUUUGAUUGUAUGUUUGUCCGAUGUUGCUAAGAAGAUGCUUGUGGACAUGUUGGUACUUGAGCUUGCAACUAUGUAUUCUUGUUUCCUCUUGCUGGUUA